CUGAUUAUAUAAUCCUCCCCGCUCCUGCAUGCCAGACUCUCCAUCAUCCCUUGUUUGUUUCCAUCUCACACCAAGUUCUCGCUCAACAAGCUAGCUCCCUCUCUCUCGAGAGAGAAGCAGUCGUCGAGAUCCAGCAGGAGAUCGACCACCAUCUCUGCAGCGAAGGUGUACGGUGUGGCUGCUAGUGUCCGCGGCGGGCGUGAUGGGCGACGACGGCGCGACGAAGGCGGCGGCGGCGGGGACGGGCCUCAAGCAGAUGGUGCGGCUGCGGGAGCUGCUGCACAAGUGGCAGCAGGCCAUGGCGCUGGGGGGCGGCAAGCCGCGGGACGGGGAGGAGGGCCGCGGCGGCGUUGCGCCGGACGAUCAGGAGCUGGUGGCGUCGGCGAUCCCGCCGUUCGUGCUGCAGCGGCUGCGGCGGACGGAGACGGUGGACUCGCUGCUGUCGGACGACGAGAGCUGCCACAGCCCGGAGCCGCCGCCGGACGUGCCCCGGGGGUACUGCCCCGUGUACGUGGGGCCCGAGCAGCGGCGGUUCGUGAUCCCCACCAGCUACCUGGCGCACCCCGUGUUCCGGCUCCUGCUGGAGAAGGCCGAGGAGGAGUUCGGGUUCCGGCACGAGGGCGCGCUCGCCAUCCCCUGCGAGACCGAGGCGUUCAAGUACAUCCUCCAGUGCGUCGAGCGACACGACAAGGGACUCGCCGCCGACGCCCAACAAGUUGCAGAAGCGAACCACCCGGGCAUGGCGCUGGAGCAAGAACCGGCGAUGCACCAUGCUUAAAUCCUUAGGCUAGACGCAGGGUGUUUGCAUGGCAACGUGAUGUACACUUUUGUAUUUCUUUUUAAAUUUAUUUUUGAAGCAGAAGGACUGGUAUGUAUGAUGUCUAGUAUUCGAGGCAUUGUUUUGUAAGGUCAAGAAUUCAAAUUGAUCUGUCAUUCAGUCAGUCUCUUGCUAAUCACAAAGUACUUGGUUGUGAA